GCCGUUUCCUCGUGGUAUAAAGGGACGCUUGUUCUUUGUCUAGAUACGCCACUCAUUUUUACUGUCAUCAUGACUCGCACCAAGACACCUUCCGCCAAAUUUAGAGCCGCGACUCCCGCCCAGGACAGAUCACGGGGGUCCUCAGCUUCAGACAGUGCGUCCUCGAGCAAGACGUCCCCCGCUGUCGAUGACAAGAACCAGUCCAAGAGUGAACAGAAGGAUCAGAGAAAAGCCCAGGAAGCAGCUGUGCGAGCUCAGCGGAUGAUGGGGAAACGGAUUCCGUCCAAGCAGAACUUUGUCCUCGUCGGAUCUCUGGACCCACGCAUCACUGCCGCGCAACUCCAGUCGCAUUUCGCAUCGUGCGGGAGCAUCAGCGCGGUGCGGAUGAGCUACGCGGGCAGCACGGGUGUGUCGGCGACCGUCGAGUUCGAGCAACCCGCAGGAGCCAAGAAGGCACUCAGACUGAGCCGUAGCACGGUGGCCGAUUUCGACGACCGUCCUAUCAAGGUGGUGAUGAACGUGCUGCACAUGGAGGAGAUCCACCAUCGACCAUCCGCUACAGCUGUCGCCCACGCCCUCACGUCCGAUACGUUAUAUCUUGCCCAGCAUGUUCCGCAGAAAGCGGAAAUCAUCGUCAAACCCCCUUUCGUUCCCGUUCCCGGAGAGCGGCAUGAGCAUUUAACAGGGGCUGGGGUCUGCUUUCUUUCCGAUGUCGCUCGGGCCACGGUGGCUUAUAGGCCGGCUCAACGAGCUGACUGUCGAUGCCCGGCGUCUGAAUCGACCGUGCACAAUGGGAUAGUACUCAGAACUCAAGAGUAGCGCGCUGCAGUAUCUUCGUCCUGUGUGUCAUUCUGCAUUUAUACAAGAAUCGCCACAAUGUCCAGGCAUUAUAAUCACGUGACGAAUCCGGGGUCGGACCACCGCAAUUGGUUAAAAAGGUGGAUCCUCCGUUAGAUUACUGAAAAACAGUCGACAAAGAUGCCAAGGGUGAUGCACUGAGGAUUGAAAGUCACUCUGAGCCUUGAAUAUCUUCGACAGAUACUGAAUGGCGUCGGCAGUGUCAAGAUACGAGCGACACCGGCAUGCGGCGACCGAUUCUCGGACUGUGUGCCAGCAGGAUGGACGCGUCCGGUUCAUAAGCGGACGAAGCGAAUGAGCAUCACUCGGGUUGCCAUUCGUUUAGCCCAGCCUGACGAUAGGUGUUCAAACAUUGGCACUGGCAUCUCUAAGUUAAAUACCACGCAUAUGAUAUCAGCUCUCCACCCCACUUACAGUCCACCGCUUCAUCAUGGUAUGCAUAGAGCCCGCUUCACCUCCUGCCACUCCCUGAGUCGUCGUGUACUUCUCAGAAGCUGUACGGUGGCAGAACCUCGAUCCAGACGGGCAGACUGACUAGAUGGACAAUCUUCCAUCCGACCACGAUCAUCUUGCGCCUGGUUUAGACGACGGUCGGUUCCAGCAGGAUGCCCGGAACUAACACGAGAAGCACGAGAGACGCCAUGGUCUGAGACUACCGGGGCCGAUCGUAUUCACGGUGAGAUACAAAUUGGACGAGAUGGGGCAGGUAAGUCCAGCGCGCCGAGCAGCCCACCAGUCGCGGUCGCAUACUAUGCAGCCGAUUGUCCAGGUCAACGAGUCUGGGAACAAUUUCGAACCCGCAUUCACAUAAGAAUCACAUCGGUCGCCCAACACAGCGCGAUAGAAAACGCGCACUCUGACGCUGACAGACGCUCGUCAUACAUCACUCCCCGAAAACAGGUCAUCGGCUUCCAGUAUUGCCCAUUUCCGCGAACAGGGCGUCCGGGACACGAUGUAGCCGCGAUCGUUCGCCGGUCCAGUUGUCUUGUAUGAAGUAAUGGGCAUACACUUCAGGCAUGUUUGUGGCUCAUGACCGUCCGCAAUUGCCACGAUAUUCGCAUGCGGUUCCGGUUCGUCUAUAGGCAGUUGUUAUGCAUCAUGCACGGACAGGCAUCCUGGGCAGUCAUCUUGUUGUCGGCUGGCGUGCUACCAGCGAGGGGAGGAGCACUUUCUGGCUGUUGAUAUGAUCUGCAGUCGAGGGCGAAUCCAGUUGGGCACAGAAACCCGGCGGGAGUUCCGACUCUGCUGUCGCAAGACAGAUGGUGUUCGACAGUGGGAGAUGGAACCGCUCGUAGUCUCGCAGUAGCUAGGGCACCACGUGCCGGUCCAACAAGAGCACGACGAAAGCGACCUCGUGAACACUGUCGAGCACCCGAAAAGGAGGAGUCGAAGUCGAGUGCAGCAUUGUAACGACGUGGCCCGGUAGAAUCCUGCUUGUGUGAAUGCCAACAUCCGAGAUAGUACCUUGCCAUUGUCUUGUGAUCAUGGUGAAGACUGCCUGAACUACAUUAACAACUUGGACUCAUCACUGUCCGUCCCGUAGGUUUUGAAUGCAUGGGCGAGAAAUGAGGUCGAUUAGGGAUCGAGCCACGACAGAGCAAGGUGUUCUGAAACGUGGGUGGUAAACGAUGAGUACGUGAGUGCAUGGUGCAACAUGCCAGUCGAAGCCCG